AUGCCUCCGGCACGCACUUCGCGCCGUUCCGGCCUUGCAGCCUCGGCCAGCUCCUCGAGCAUCGCCUCGCCCUCUACCAGGUCUCAAAGACAGGACGCCCCCCUCACUUCUGGCUCAGCAGCAAGAUUGGAUGGACCAUCAACUACGCGCGCUACGCCUCGCUCGACCGGGCCGUUGGCACCAGCCUUGGCCGCGCAAAGCAGGCAAAGCGCCGAAAGAGAUUCCGUCCAGAUCACUCCGACAGAUUCUCCGGCUUCAAACAGCUUCAAUGACCCCAUCAUCAUCGACGACAGUGACGACGAUGCCAAUCCUGUCGGUGCAACGCAGCCGCUUUCGAGCUUGUCUCCCUCCUCGGUCGGCAAUCCCGACGAAAGCACAUCGACCACCACUCUCGACCAGUCCUAUGCCACCUCGCUCACCAGCGAUCUCAACAUGAUCUCCGACGGCACACUCACGUCAGUCAGCUCCGACGAGUCAGACAGCGACGUUCCGGAAAAGUCGGCUAAACGCGGUCUUCCCUUCGCCACGCCUCCUAGGCGCACAACUCGUGCCGUACGCAGCACCCGCAUUGGAAUCACGGCGACGCCGGUCUCGUCCACAGGCCGCAAAGCGCCAAGCCAGACACCCUCUGAAACACCCACUCCCAGCCGCAGGUCAGCUCGCAUCGUCUCCUCGGGCUCAAGCGUGAAGAAAGCGCUUCAAAGACGAGAUGAACUCGACGCCAAAUUACUCGCUAGCCCCGUGCGUAGGAAGCCCGACGCCCUGGAUCCACCAUCAAGCCCGCCGACCAAAAGACAGCCUGGGCGACCGCGAAGAUCCGCUACUGAAGCCAGCCUUAUGCAGACGGCAAAUUCUCCAGCCACGGUGCAGCCACCAGCAAACCCUCUCGUUCAGAAUUCAGGCUCGGCUGCGUCUCGUCGCAGUUCCCGGCUGUCUUUGCCAGCUGCCGCAGAACCCAAGGACGUCCAGACGAAGGCGGCCAACAAGGCAGACGGCGAGUCGCAAGAGCCAGAAGCCCAGCCGAAACGGGGCAGGCGCUCGCAAGGCGCUGCGGUCUUGGCAGACAAUCCUCCCGCCAGCGUCAAUGGCAGUCGAGCUGUGGAAACUCCGCCAGCGAAGCGCGGUCCUGGUCGGCCACGGAAAAUCACGCCCGACGAGGAGUCGACCGCGUCUAUUGCAUCGAGCUCGUCUGCACCCACGCGCUCUAGCAAACGCAGCUUCUCCGAUCUCGCGAAGGCGGCGGACGCUGCUCCAGGCGGGACCUUGGAGCAGUCACCCAGGCGCAAGCGAGGAAGACCACGCGAGCAGGAACCCGACGAGGCUAUGGAUGAGGAGCACGGCGCGACUCCCACCGGCAUCGAUUCUUGGAGCGCCCAAGCCGAGGCGGACGCCAUCGCGCGACAGCAAGCGAUCGACAUGCUCGAUGAAAAUGUCAGCGAGCUCAGCGAUGCCAGCGAAGAAUCGCAGACUUCCUCGGCACCUUCGCAGCCGGCAGCGCUUCCGCGCCGACGCGGACGUCCACCAAAAGACCGUUCGCUUGACGGAGACAGCGUCAAACGUGUGAGUCGCCCGGAGAAAGGCGGCAAAAAGUUCCACGUCUCUGGUCUCUAUGCUGGCGAGGCCGAGGCGACGCCGUCCGUAUCCUCCACCAAGCCGACACAGGAGCGAAACGUGGUGUUCCCGAACCCCAUACACUUUGGAGCCAAGCUUUUAGUCGAGGAGCGUGACUUUUGCUUGCCCUAUCCGAUUUAUCAAACCAUGGAUCAACUACGCGAAAAGGUGCACGCCAAGCGCAAGCCUCCUCGCUACCAACAGAUCAGCAAGAACAAGUACUAUUCGCGUCCCAAGCUUCAGGGCGAAGUGCCUCUGUGCAACUGCCAGCCAGGCAGUGGAUGUGGCUCGGACUGCAUCAAUCGCAUGCUGCAGUUCAUCUGCGAUCCCAGGACGUGUCCCAACGGGAACAGCUGCACCAAUGUCAGUCUCGGUCGCCGUACCGGCAUCAAGACGGCUGUCGCCUACUACGGUCGCCGUGGAUUCGGCCUGAAGACGCUCGAGGCCAUCAAGAAACACGACUUCAUCGACGAGUACCGCGGCGAGGUGAUCAAUCUUAGCGAGGCCGCCAAGCGGGUGACGGAAGAAUACAAGGCGACGGGCAACUACUAUUUGCUCGACUACGAUUCCGCAGCUGGAGAGCUGCUCGACGGCGGCCGCAAGGGCAACAUCACUCGCUUCGCCAACCACUCGUGCGACCCCAAUUGCCGUAUCGAAAAGUUCAUCAUUUGCGGCACCGACGAGGCGUUGUCGGCCGAGUUCCAGAUCGGUCUGUUCGCUAAUCGCGACAUCGAGGCGGGCGAAGAGCUCACCUACAAUUACGGCUGGGCCGCCUUCCAACCUCGCGACACUAUGACCGGAGCUCCGACGGCUCAGGUGCCGACCGAGCAGUGCUUGUGCGGUGCUGCCAAUUGCUCAGGCAUCCUCGGCGGUAAAAAGGCACCGGCUACCAAGCUUAGUGCUUCCGAUGUCGCUUCUGGCUCGCGCAAGAAGGCGGCCAAGGGUAAGGGCAAGGGGAAAGGAAAGAGUCGAAAGACGGCGCAGACGACGGCACGCCCUCGCCUACGCGCGAUGACGCCCAUGAUGAGCGCCACGCGUCUGUCAUCAGCGACGAUGCCAGCAUCGGCUCGCUUGAGUGCGGCAGGUUCCAGGAGUUCGAGGAAGCGCGAAGAGACACAGGCGAACCUUGUCACGAAGAUCGUGAUCAAGCGCAUGGAGCGCUCUGCACGCAUGGCGGCGGAUACCGUAGCGUCGAAUGCCGAGCCUUCGGCGGCCAGCAAAGCUACGCCCGAGAGCACGAUCGCAAAGCGCGGCGUAGAGGUGGCGGCUCCGGCGCCCAAUGCUGCGGGUCCCUCUUCACAAGCCAGCAUUCCGACCACCGUACGCCCUCAAACCGCGGUGCGGCUCCCCCUGGCGACGCUGGGCACGGCAGCAUCGGCUAUGCCUAUUCAGAAUACGCCCGCCAGGGUGAUGUCAGAAGGCUCCACACCGCAGGCGAGCGGUGCGAAGCAAUCUGUGUCAGCGCAAGACCGGGUCGCCUCGGGAUCGGGCGGUGCUUCAUCGACGGCGCUCAGCAAAGCCAGCGACAAGAACGCCAGCGGGCCAAAUUCUCGCACGCUCCUCGCGCAAAGCCUCGCCUCGUCACGGCUCGGAAACAAGUUUGGACGCGCAGCGACGGUGACUCGCGGUACCAAGGACCGAAGAUGGUCUGCGGCGCAGGCGAUGGUCUCGGACGACGACGACGCCGCCUGGAACAGGCAGGAGGCAGCACAGCCGACUCCUGCUCUGGAUAAGGCUGUUGCUGGCCCGCGUCGCCGCGGGCGUCGCAAACUGGUGCUUACCCCCGAGGAGGCUGAGCGGCGAGCGGUGGAUCGGCGUGCAAGAAACGCCUUCCUAGCCCGCGUGCGCCGUGCCUCGAAGCGGGGCAUCGUGAUCCAGGAUCCUACCCAGCAUCCGCUCAAAAAGAUCAGCAUCCAGUGCACGGCAGCGCCAGAGAACACGUAUAUCCCGGAUCUGCCCUCAUCGCUAGUGACGCUAGGCAUGACCACGGCAGAUGCUCGUCGUGCACGCAACGCCUUCCUCGCGCGCGUGAGGAGGGCCGUCAAGCGGGGCUUCCCCAAGGACCUUGCGAUCAAGAUGGCCGCCAAACCGCUCCCCGGCGAUGGAUCGCGAGACACGCCCGUGAUGCAGGCACAGCGUGCGUACUUGGAACAGUUGGAGCGCGAGGCAGUCAGCGAAAUGGAGGCGGACGCAAGGGCCGCCUCCAGUCGAGACGCCGCACAACAGAGUGCCCCGCUUCCGUCAGCAACACCGGCCGCCGACGGCUCGGUGCACGCAUCCAACCAGACAGCUAUGCAGUGA